CAUCUUCAAGUCUUUACGUCCAGCUUUCUCUUGUACGAUCCAUCUGGACGACUUCCUCGCGCCACCUCAUCAACAUCCACCUCUCACUGCAAGCAGUUCUCUCUCUCAAACACACAUCGAUUUACAGAACUGUCUGCUUCUUUCUUCAUUGGACUUGAUCUUUCUCCUCUGCACAGGAUUGUCGCCUACCGUGGUUCGCAAGUCGCCUCUACGGACCUUCCAUUGGAAACUGGACAUACGUUACAGGUUAUCGCCAACACCCUCUCCAAGUUUUGGUCUCCACAGGUUUUUCUCUCCUUCCAGGACCUUAGGAUCUAUCUCUCUAUAUGGUUCCAUCCCCUUGGAUCUGAUUUCCUUUUUCUUCUGUUGAGUUUGGUCUUGUCCGAACCGACCCGUUCACGACCCACAGGGAAAAGGAAACCAUUUCGGACCUCCGACCCGUCAACAUGAGCUAUGCACAACCUACCUACUUUCAAGCAUACACUCCCCCCCAAACUCCGGCCCCUUACUACCAGCCGCCCCAGGUAGCUGCCGCUCCGCUGCAGCCAGGACCAUAUCAACAGCAACCUUUGACACCUCCUGCAUCACCACCACCACCAACAACAACAACAACACGUUUUAGGCCUGCCGUUCCUGAGGACAGACUGGGUUGUGUCGUGGGUGGAAGGUUCCGUCUGGAAGAGGUUCUCGGAAGUGGUGCCUAUGGUGUCGUCUACACAGCUACUGAUGUUAUCACAAAUACUCAGUAUGCUGUGAAGACGCUUCCCAACUUCAACCCCGAUGGCUCCCCCUUGGACCAGCGACAGAUUGCCUUUAAGACCAGGGAAAUUCGCCUACACUGGAUGGCCUCUUCCCACCCCAACGUCGUCUCCAUGUUGAAGAUCAUCGACGACUAUGAUUGCACCUACGUCAUUCUGGAGUACUGUCCUGAGGGCGACCUGUUCUACAACAUCACGGACUGUGAACGCUACAUUGGCGACGAUGUCCUGGCCAAGCGGGUUUUCCUUCAACUCCUGGAUGCUGUAGACCAUUGCCAUAACCUUGAGAUUUACCACCGGGACCUGAAACCUGAGAAUAUCCUCGUGACGGACCAGGGAAACACAGUUAAGCUUGCAGACUUCGGGCUUGCAACGUCUUCAAGAGUAUCUGAAGAUUACGGUUGUGGUUCGACAUUUUACAUGUCGCCAGAAUGCCUAGAUCUCUCAGGCCAAAGGGAUUCAUACUACUGCGCCCCCAAUGAUGUAUGGAGCCUUGGAGUUAUCCUGGUGAACCUCACUUGCGGAAGGAACCCGUGGAAGCAAGCCUCGUCCGAGGAUUCGACCUACCGGGAGUACACACGCAAUCCAGAGUUUCUAAAGACCAUCCUCCCAGUAUCUGAUGAGCUGAACGACAUCUUGGGUACUAUCUUUACCCGCGAUCCGGCCAAGAGGACCACGCUGCCCAUCCUGCGACAAGCCAUCCUGAGUUGCUCCCAAUUCACCAGGCCACCACCAUCUCUGUCAUCUCAUCAACAACCCUCGGCGCAGUUUGUUCCUCAGGACGCCAUCCGGGAGGAUGCUGUAUGCGAAAUGGAGGACUUCCCUGCCUCUCCUGCUUCCGAUUCUUCCUCUGAUGCGUCCUCUGAUUCUGCCUCGGAUGUGUACUCGGACUCGUCAUCUGAUGCGUCCGAAGAUGAUGUCGGUAGCACUUGGGAUCUGUCAGCACGCCCCUCCCAACAGUCGAGCUUGGAUGGCAUGGACUACGAUGACCGGGCUGUAUGCAAUAACAGCCCUGCCAUCCCGCCCCAGCCUGUGCCAUCUCAACCAUCCGGCCCACUUGAUCACCUCCAGCAUUUCCCACAACCGGUUCCUGUUCAACAACAUUGGCCAGUUCCUCAACCCAUAGGUCCCAUCACACUAGGCCACUGCGCACCACCACCGGUGGUUGGGUUGCCACAGCAGAUCUGGGGUAUGGUGGGAGGCAUGAUGAGGCCGUUCCUCCAGGCAUCCCACUCCACAGCCAUCCAUUACCAGGUGUCUUUGCACUCUCAAGUCUCCAUACCGGUUCCUGGUCUAGGUUUCUAGGUGCCAAAACUACUUCACUUCGCCUUGUAUCAGUGUUUUGCUCGACUGGUACAGAAGAGUUGCCUCGUUGCAGCGGUAUACAUAUACCAUAACGGAUUUAAUUUUUUCUUGGUCGACUGAGGAAGUAUUUGAACAAAAUGAUAUAAAAAGGCGUGGCUUGGGGGAAUCGAGUGUACAAAGCUUUCAUUCUCUGUUUUGGGUCGGCUCAAGAAUUCAUUUUGGGGUUUUUUCCUUUUUUUUUUCUUUCAAUCUUGUUCAGCAUGGAGUUUCAGGAUCUCUCGUCGGGAGGAGUUAGGAAAGGUCGGUUAAGGGAGUCUGCCGGCACAGGAACCAUCACCAACAGAACUGGAGGCCAUUUGAACUACGAAUUUGUUCCGGCGCAAAGGAUAUGACCAGGAUUCAGUCAGCUAUUAUGGACCGCGGGACUGGAGGCUGUCCCCCGCUUCCACCCCUCAUGGAGGUACAUUUUGAUCCCAAAACUUGGCCGAGUUUUCAAAAAAAAAAAAAAAAAAAAAAAAAAAAAAAACCGAUCGAUGCAAUUUCCAAGGGAGGACAAUAGAGAAAGGGCUUAUGGUGUGUCAAGGACAAAGACAGCUUUGUGCCUGGAUUUUUUUUGGGGAGAUACCACUUUCGUUUUGCGCACAGCCGAGAGCUGCAUUUGGGAAUUUGGGUGUGCAGGACAAAACCUUUCAAGAAUUGAUGAGCUAUGGAAUUUCGAUGACGGGAUUAGACAUACACCGGUUAAUUGGAAACUGGCAAGGCUGCUCACGCAGAUUACCUAUCGAAUAUACGUUUCACCGAACAUACCCUCAAAUGCCCCAGUAAAUGUGGCUUUGAUGAUAUACAUUGAGAAAGUUGGAAGGCUCGAGGACCUGAACCUUGAGGUAGAAAAAGAAAAAAUACAUAAUACACCU